GAGUGACGUUUCUCUCAAGGGAGGUGUUCCAUGCGCAUCAUGACGUCGAAGGAUCCGUUUGCACGGCCGUCUAUGUUUCCAGAUGCCAAGCAAUGGCAGGAGCAACUGGAAGCCAUGAAGGAGGCGCGUCGCCUGGAGGAGCAGGCGCAGCGCGAGAAGGAGGCUGAGCAGGCGCGACUGGUCAAGUCUUGGCAGCUGGAGGUGCAGCAGAUGAAGGUGGAGCGCAACGAGGCGGUGCAGCGUGCGGAAGAGACCGAGGAGCAUGCCCGGCGCCAGGUGCAGGACUACCACUGGGCGACCGCCAAGCAGCUGCAGGAGAUGGAGGAGCGCAUCCACCGCUUGCAGUCGCUGCUGGAGGAGGAGCGCACGGCGCACGCGGUACAGCUGAGCCAUCAAGCCGAACUGGUGCAGCAGGUGCGUCGUGAGGCGGAGCAAGAGCGCACAGAGGCUGAGCAGCGGCACCGCGCAGCGCUGGCCACAGAGCAGGAGCGAGUGAGGGAAGCGCAUGAGUUGGUGGAGCUUGUGCAGAAGCGCGCAAGCGAGGAUGUCAUGGCAGCCCGCGCGCGCGAGGAGGCGAGAAUUGCCGAGAUCCGGGCCCAAGCGCAGCUGCGGACGCAGGAGCUGGAGAAGCGCAUGCGGGAGGAGGCCUUCCUCAGGGACCAGCACCUCAUCGAGCGCCAGCAGCUCAUGGAGGAGGCCCUGUACACGAACGGCCAAGAGAAAGAGCACGCCAUCGAGGCGGCGCAGCGACAUUUGGCAUCUAUGGAGCAGGCUCAGGCGCAGCCCGCUACACUUCAACCCAGCCUGCAGCAUGACAGCGAGCGAGGCCACUCCCACCCUACUACCUGGUAUGUCCUGAAACCUGUCGAGGAGGCAGGCGCAAAGCCGGCAGCCGCCAGCUGGGGCGCCGGGGCUCAAAUAGGGCUGGUUGUGCUGGUUGGUAUACCGGGCAAAGAGAGUGCGCAGAGGAGCACCAGGAGCUGCAGCUGUCACAGGACCAGCGUGAGGCGCUCUACUCGCAGAAGGAGCAGCGACUGCGGGAGCUGCAGGACACAGCCAAGAAGAACACGGAGGAAAUGGUGAAGCACCACAAGGAGCUUCUCGAUCUUGAGCGGGCGCUACACACAAGGACGAUGGAACGAACUAUGGACCGUGUGGUUCAGCACCUGAAGUUGACUGAGGAUGGCCUGCCAGGUUUGCCGGCGCCCCCAGCGCCAUAAUGCAUGUCGUCGGCCAGCUGCGCCGUAAAUGCGGUCAGAUGCGGUCGGCUUGAGGACGGAAGGGAGUCCUCUUGAUUCUUUCUAGGGGUUGAUUCCCCA